ACGCUAUGGAGUGGAUGGGCUGUGGUUGGUGAGGAACGAAAGUUUUAUUUUGCCGGUGAUACGGGUUAUUGUGAGAGAGAGUUUGAUGUUCUCGGUAAGAAGUUGGGACCAUUCGACUUAGCCGCCAUUCCAAUUGGAUGUUAUGCUCCCAGGUAA